AUGGACGGAUUCGAAGUAAGACUUCAAUUGGUUUCUAUUCUCAGAAAACUUUCAUCAUCACAAAAUUCGAUUCAAACCACCAUUCGAUUCUUACUUAAACAUCGAUCAAAAUGCGGUGAGGACCUUUGGGAUUGUUUGAUGGAAGAAUGUCAAAAUGCUAGUCUCAAUGCAAGGAUUAAUAUCCUUUACCUCGUGGACUCUCUUCUCAUAACCACUUCAUCAACUUAUUCUAGUUCUCAUACAACAACAAAUAACUCAAAUCCAAAACAUCAAGAAACAAAAACCAUGAAAUCAAAUCCGUCAUCAAAUCCUUUAAAUCAAGAUCAUUUAAAUAAUUAUGGUCAAAUGAUUAAAAAAGAUUUAAAAAGAUUGAUUGAAUUGAUUGUACCCAUUGAAUUUCAAAAAAAAGGUUUAUUGAAUUUAAUGAGUACACAACAAGUUUUGAAAAAUUGGAAAAAUCAAAUUAAUUUAAUCAAUAAGUUUAUUAAUUUAGAUGAGAUUGAAGAGAUUGAAAAUUUGCUUUCAGAACGUAAAACAAUAUUGGCUAAUGCGCCUGUUGAUACGAGACAUUUGGAUAACGAUUUUCUAGAUUUUUCGAAGCGAGAUAUACUUGACCGGAUAGAUGAUGAUCGAGAACGCCACAAACGUCUUCGAGAGCGAAUUUGGGUGUUACCCAUCCCUCCUACCAGUUCAUUAUCUAUACGACCAGGUCCAAGUAACAAGCCAUAUUCUAGUUAUCCAACUCAUCGACUUGCUACACUUCUUUAUACUUCUCUCAGAGCUUCUGCGUCGGAUAAAAGAAUUCUUACGAAUGAAAAACCAUGUUCUCCAGCUCAUCGAUCACAUUUAGCUAGUUCAUCCACAAGUUCAACUACGAGUCCAGAAGAUGAUCGAUCUCCUAUUCGUUCACCUGCACAAUUUUCUUCAUCACGUCCUACUACUCUCAAUCGACAUAAUCCUUCUUCGUAUAAUCUAUCUUAUAAAGAAUGUGACUUGAGUAUUCAAUUGGAAUGUGAUCAAAUGAUCUCUGCGAAUGCCGAGGAUACAGGUGAGGCUGGAUUAGAGAGUAUGGACUGGGAAGCUAUGAGGAUUGAACAUCAAAGGUGUUAUGGACUUCGACCUUCAUCUACUCAUACUCCACCUGAUAGUCCUAAUAUUGAUACUUAG